CCGAACGAACGGGGAAGGAAGUCUUUACCAGCGCUCCCACUCCAGCUCUGUUGCUCUUGUAGGACAUCAUUGCACUCCUCGAAAUUCCAGAGAUUUCUCCUAGCCUCUGUCUCGCUCUCCCUCUCUCCCUCUCUGUCUUUUUGCUCUCCCGUUACAUUUUUUCUUCUUCUUCGUCUUCCACGGAGCUGUACUCGCGCCGCGCUUUCUCCCGGGAGUUCUAUUUGGCAAGUACUAUUUUUCCACCAAUUUGCCAUCUGAUUAUUUCCAGCACUCGGAGGCAGCGGCUGAGAGAGGAGGAGGAAGAAGAAGACGAAGGAGAGGGGCAAAGCUGUGUUGUCGGGUGUUUUCAAACCUCUCUCCUUCUUGGAUUCCUCUGUCACUGUUUGCCCAGUUAAGUCUCCAGAUAGGCUACUACGUUGUCACCGGAUCUACUGUCAUUCUCAUCCCGCUCUUGGACUAACGGACAUUUGGGGGAAAAAUACCUCAGACAUCAAAGUGAAUAAAAGUUGUCGAGGGAGAGGAUUUUUUUUUCUUUGCAGUACUAUAAGCUGUAGUGAUUGGCGCUGGCGAGAGCUGUGCUGCUUUUUGCAACAUUGUUCCUGGCGAUAAGGGGCGCCAGCAGCUGUCACGGAAAAGCUUCGAUGCGACUUGAUCCGCGCUUACAGCAUAGCUAAUUCAACUGGAUAAGUUUGUCUUUUAUAAAGCUGCUUUUCAUUGCGCCUCUUAGUUGUUUGCGGCGACCUCUUUCAGGACUCAUUUGGAUAUAUAUUUUGGACGUUCUCUUUUUACGGACUAUCUUCUGAGAGGUCACCCUUGUAAAGUCUUCAGCCCACCCUAGUCUCCUCCAGCAAUCCCAUAAAGGUUUACGCUCGCCUUGGAGGAAGAUAUGCUGCAAAAUUGAGGGAAGUGGAAGGGCAGCAUGACUUACUCUUGCCGUAUCCUCGAGAAUCACUUUUUCUGGCACGUACGGUCUUAAUGCUCUCAAUUUUUGGCUUACAAAUAUGAUGAAAUGGCAGCCCCGGAAGAAGGCAUACUUCCGACAGGGUGUUGCCCUUCAGUACCUGGGUCGUCAUGCCGACGCCUUGGCCGCCUUCGCCUCGGGGCUGGCGCAGGACCCCAAGAGCCUGCAGCUGCUGGUCGGCAUGGUGGAGGCCGCCAUGAAGUCCCCUAUGAGAGAUUCCUUGGAGCCGACCUAUCAGCAGCUGCAGAAGAUGAAGCUGGACCGCAGCCCGUUCGUGGUAGUGUCUGUGAUUGGUCAGGAGCUGCUGUCGGCGGGUCACCACCAGGCCUCGGUGGUGGUCCUGGAGGCCGCGCUGCGCAUCGGCACCUGCAGCCUCAAGCUACGCGGCUCCGUCUUCUCCGCCCUCAGCUCCGCCCACUGGUCGAUGGGCAACACGGAGAAGAGCGUCAGCUACAUGCAGCAGGACCUGGAGGUGGCCAAGAGCUUAGGUGACCAAUCAGGUGAAUGUCGUGCCCAUGGCAACCUGGGGUCGGCAUUCUUCUCCAAGGGGAACUACCGCGAGGCGCUGAGCAAUCACCGCAACCAACUGGUGCUAGCCAUGCGCCUCAAGGACCGCGAGGCCGCCUCUCUAGCCCUGUGCAGCCUGGGCCACGUGUACACCUCCAUCGGUGACUACCCCAACGCCCUGGCCAGCCACAAGCAGUGCGUCCUGCUGGCCAAGCAGUCCAAGGACCAGCUGUCGGAGGCCCGCGAGCUGGGCAACAUGGGCGCUGUCUACAUCGCCAUGGGGGACUUCGAGAACGCCGUGCAGUGCCACGAGCAGCACCUCGGCAUCGCCAAGACGCUAGGCAACAAACGGGAGGAGGCACGGGCAUACAGCAACCUGGGCAGUGCCUACCACUACCACCGCAACUUCGACAAGGCCAUGUCCUACCACACGCACGUGCUGGAACUGGCCCAGGAGCUGGAGGAGAAGCCCAUCGAGAUGCGGGCCUACGCGGGGCUGGGCCACGCUGCCCGCUGCAUGCAGGACCUGGAGAGGGCCAAGCAGUACCACCAGCAGCAGCUGGGCAUCGCCGAGGAGCUGAAGGACCGGGCCGCAGAGGGCAGGGCCUCCUCCAACCUGGGCAUCAUCCAUCAGAUGAAAGGCGAGUACGAGACCGCGCUGAAGCUCCACAAAACCCACCUGUCGAUCGCGCAGGAGCUGAGCGACUAUGCGGCGCAGGGCCGGGCGUACGGCAACAUGGGCAAUGCCUACAACGCGCUGGGCUCCUUCGAGCAGGCCGUGCGGUACCACCGGCAGGAGCUGCAGAUCUCCAUGGAGGUCAACGACCGCGCAUCGCAGGCCUCCACCCACGGAAACCUGGCCGUGGCCUACCAGGCACUGGGAGCCCAUGACCGGGCGCUGCAGCACUACCAGAACCACCUCAACAUUGCGCGGGAGCUGCGUGACGUGCAGAGCGAGGCCCGGGCCCUGGGGAACUUGGGAAACUUCCACUGCUCGCGAGGGGAGUUCGCCCAGGCCGUGCCCUACUACGAACAGUACCUGCGACUCUCCCCAGACCUGCAGGACAUGGAGAGCGAGGGCAAGGUGUGCCACAAUCUGGGUUACGCCCACUACUGCCUGGGCAGCUUCCGGGAUGCCGUCAAGUACUACGAGCAGGACCUGGCGCUGGCCAAGGACCUCCACGACAAGCUGAGCCAGGCCAAGGCCUACUGCAACCUGGGGUUGGCCUUCAAGGCGCUGGGUGACUUUGCCAAGGCGGAGGAGUGCCAGAAGUACCUGCUGUCACUUGCCCAGUCUCUGGACAACGCGCAGGCCCGCUUCCGCGCCCUGGGUAACCUCGGUGACAUCGCCGUCUGCAAGAAAGACAUGGCCACCGCCGUGCAGUUUUAUGAGCAACAGCUGGCCCUGGCCCUGCAGGUGAAGGAGCGCCGCAUGGAGGCCUCUGCCUACGCUGCCCUGGGUGCGGCCUACCGACUGGCCCAGAAGUACGAGGAGGCGCUGGGCUACCACGCCAAGGAGCUGGAGGUGUGCCAGGCGCUGGGCGACGUGCCAGCCGAGUGCAAGGCCCACGGGCACCUGGCCGCAGUCUACAUGGCGUUGGGGCAGUACGCCGCGGCCUUCCAGAGGUAUCAGCAGCAGCUGGAGCUCAGCCAGAGGCUACGCGACCCCGGCAUAGAGGCACAGGUGUACGGCAACAUGGGCAUCACCAAGAUGAACGUGGGUGCCAUGGAGGAGGCCAUCGGCUACCUGGAGCAGCAGCUGGCCACCCUGCAGCAGCUGAGCAGCAGCACCGAGGUGAUGCUGGACCGGGGCCGGGCCUUCGGGAACCUGGGCGACUGCUACGACGUGCUGGGCGACUACGAGGAGGCCGUCAAGUACUACGACCGCUACCUGUCAGUGGCCCAGAGCCUGGGGAGGACGCAGGACCAGGAGAAGGCCUACAGAGGCCUGGGUAAUGGACACAGGGCGAUGGGUAACCUGCAGCAGGCGCUGGUGUGCUUCGAGAAGCGUCUAGUGGUGGCCCACGAGCUGGGCGAGUGCCAGGGGAAGGCGCAGGCGUACGGGGAGCUGGGCGCGCUGCACAGCCAGCUGGGCAACUACGAGCAGGCCCUGUCCUGCCUGGAGCGCCAGCUGGCCAUCGCCCAGGAGACCCAGGACCGCGCGCUGGAGGCCGACGCCAACUCAGGCCUGGGCGCCGUCUAUCAGGCGAUGGGUGAGAACGAGACAGCUCUGCGGUGCCACCAGCGCGACCUGGAGGUGGCGGAGGAGACGGGCAGUGCGGACCGCCAGGCGCGCGCCUACGGCAACCUGGGCCUGACCUACGAGGCGCUGGGCAACUACGAGCGUGCGGUGGUCUACCAGGAGCAGCACCUGAGCGUGGCGGCACAGACCAACGACCUGGCCGCCAAGACGCUGGCCUACGGCAGCCUAGGCAGGACACACCACGCGCUGCACAACUACUCGCAGGCCGUCAUGUACCUGCAGGAAGGUCUGAGGCUGUCUGAGCAGCUAGCGAGGCGUGAGGACGAGGCCAAGAUCCGGCACCGCCUGGGGCUGUCUCUCUGGGCCAGCGGGAACCUGGAGGAGGCUCAGCACCAGCUGUAUCGGGCGUCUGUGCUGUUCGAGGGGAUUCGUCAUGAGGCUCAGCACAGCUCGGACUACAAGCUGUCGCUCUUCGACCUGCAGACCUCCUCCUAUCAGGCCCUGCAGAGAGUGCUCGUCAGCCUUGGUCACCAUGACGAGGCGUUGGCGGUGGCGGAGCGCGGUCGCACGCGGGCCUUCGCAGACCUCCUGGUGGAGCGGCAGACGGGGCAGCAAGACGUGGACGCCUGCAGCCCGGCCACCGUGGAGCAGAUCCUGGACUCGGUCAACAAGCAGCGGGCCCUCGUGCUCUACUUCUCCCUGGCGGCUGGGUACCUAUAUAGCUGGCUACUCGCACCGGGAGCCGGUAUCCUGAAGUUCCAUGAGGUGUACCUGGGAGAGGGCGUGUCCGAAGGAGAUCCAGAGUUCCCGGAGGGGGCAGGCAGCGGAGGAGGUGGGGGCGGAGGAGGCCUGGGCAUGGGUGUCGCCGGAGGCUCGUCUCUGGAGCAGUAUGUGGCCAGCGCUCGCGAAGCUCUCGGAGUGGAGUCCUACUACAGCAGGGGGUGCUCAGGCAGCGAGACGGAGAGCGAGGCGGGAGAUCUGCUGGAGCAGCAGUUUGAGGAGCUGAAUAACAAGCUCAACACCGGCUUCCUCCGCAUGGUGUCCAGAAACAACCUCUUCAACAGGAGUUGCCAGAGCAUGACGAGUCUCUUCAGUAACCCCAUGUCUCCCGUGAAGGAUGUCACGUCGUCCCAGACGCACCGGCCGAGCUCCCUCAACAAGCCCCCGCUACGCACCCUCUACGACCUCCUCAUCGCACCCAUGGAGGGGGGCCUGAUGCACUCGAGUGGGCCGGUGGGCCGCCACAGGCAGCUGGUGCUGGUGCUGGAGGGGGAGCUGUACCUGAUCCCCUUCGCCCUGCUCAAGGGCAGCUCGUCCAACGAGUACCUGUACGAGCGCUUCAGCCUCAUCGCUGUGCCCUCCAUACGAUCCCUGGGAGCGGUCUCCAAGAUCAACGCCCGUCGGCUGGCCUCGCAAGGCGGCGGCAUAGGCACGGCGGCGGUGGUGGGCAACCCGCGCCUCCCCUCCUCCGCCAUGGACCGCUGGCUGUGGGGCCCCAUGCCCUCGGCCGAGGAGGAGGCCUGCAUGGUGGCCGAGCUGCUGGGCUGCCAGCCCCUGUGCGGCUCCACGGCCACCAAGGAGAGGGUCAUGGGCGCCCUGAGCCAGGCCGAGUGCGCCCACUUCGCCACGCACGUCUCCUGGAAGCUGGCAGCCUUGGUGCUGGCCCCGAACCAGGAGUCUACCGGAGGAGGAGGCUCAGGCGGAGGUGUGGUGGGGGCCACAGGGCCAGGAUGUGGAGGAGGUGGAGGAGGUGGCAGCGGAGGAGGAGGAGGUGGCACCGGGAGGAAAGGCUCGUUUGGGAGCGGAGUGUACAAUGUGGGGGAUGAUGGGAGUGACGUGGAGAGCAUUUGUGACAGUCCACCGCUGCAGGAGUUCCUGCUCACCGCGGCUGACAUACUGGACAUGAGACUACCUGUCAAACUGGUGGUGCUAGGCUCGUACCAGGAGUCGAGCAGCAAGGUGACAGCUGACGGGGUGGUGGGCCUGACGCGGGCCUUCCUGGCGGCCGGGGCCCAGUGUGUGCUGGUCUCCCUGUGGCCUGUUCCCGUGGCUGCCUCCAAGGUGUUCGUGCACGCCUUCUACUCUGCCCUGCUCAACGGCUCCAAGGCCAGCGCAGCCCUCACCGACGCCAUGAAGACUGUUCAGAGCAGCAAGCAGUUCUCACACCCCUCCAACUGGGCAGGCUUCAUGCUGAUUGGCAGCGAUGUGAAGCUGAACAGUCCCUCGUCUCUGGUUGGCCAAGCCCUGGCCGAGAUCCUCCAAUACCCAGAGAGGGCCCGGGACGCCCUGCGAGUACUGCUGCACCUGGUGGAGAAGUCUAUCCAGCGCAUCCAGAACGGCCAGAAGAACUCCAUGUACACGUCGCAGCAGAGCGUGGAGAACAAGGUGGGCGGGGUGCCGGGCUGGCAGGCGCUGCUGAUGGCCGUGGGGUUCCGGCUGGACCAGGCCGCCACGGGGAUCCCCGCUGCCGUCUUCUUCCCCACCGCAGACCCCGGGGACAGGCUGCAGCAGUGCAGCGCCACCCUGCAGUCACUACUGGGUCUUCCGCCUCCUGCGCUCCAGGCCCUGUGUAAACUCAUCUCGGCCUCUGAGGCGGGAGAGCAACUCAUCAGCCGGGCUGUUAAAAAUAUGGUGGGAAUGCUCCACCAGGUACUGGUUCAGCUCCAGUCGAGUGAGAAGGAGCAGGACUUCUCCCUGCUCCCCAUCCAGGUCUCCAUCUCUGUGCAGCUGUGGAGGCUGCCCGGCUGCCAUGAAUUUCUGGCCGCGCUUGGAUUUGACCUUUGUGAGGUGGGCCAAGAGGAGGUUAUCCUGAAAACUGGCAAACAGGCCAACCGACGCACCAUGCACUUUGCCCUGCAAUCCCUGUUGGCACUGUUUGACUCGACAGAGCUCCCCAAGCGCCUUAGCCUGGACAGCUCCUCGUCGCUGGAGUCCCUGGCGUCAGCCCAGUCAGUCUCCAACCCCUUACCCCUAGGCUACCCCACCCUGCCCUUCUCUCCCACCUGCCCCGACAGCAUGGCCUCCGACGCCAUCUCCGUCUACAGCUUGAGCUCCAUCGCCUCGUCCAUGAGCUUUGCCUCCAAAUCCGAGAGCGAUUUCCUGAGCCAUCGAGGAGGCCGCGGCUUCGGUGGCCCGCUGUCCGCCCACAAACACCCGCACAACGUCUCUCGAAGCCGCUCAUCUCCCCAGGGGAACGUGGUGGCCGGCGGAGCCGGAGGCCGAGGGGACGACGAGGAGUACGAGGGCUUCUCCAUCAUCAGCAGUGAGCCCUUGGGCAGCCACUGUGACUCCCUCCCUCUCCCGCCAGGCCAUGGGCAGAGGCACCGGAUGCUGCGAGGCAGAGGGUCGGGAGCGGGUUCGGGAUCAGGACUGGGAUUAGGAUUGGGAGUGGGCGGCAUGCCAGGGCCGGGGUACACGGCGGCGUCCAUCUCGUCCAAGGGCAGCGUGAGCACCCCCACCUCGCCCUUGAAGGCCAGCCUGGUACCCAGCCCCAACUCGCCCUUCCAGAAGGUGGCCAAGGCCAACAACUCGGGCGACGUGGGUGGCGAGUCUGACCACUCCAGCACCGAGACAGACAGCACGGUGAAGUCGCAGGAAGACAAGGCUGGAGGUGGAGGAGGAACGUCUCUGGAUCCUCAGGAGCUCGCCCAGAAGAUCAUGGAGGAGACCCAGAGUCACCUGCGGGCGGUGGGGAGUCUCCAGCGGGGCAUGGCGGAGGGCAUGGCGGCCCCCGUCUCCAGCUCCACGCCCACCAAAGGCGCCACUACGCCGCCGUCGUCCAGCAUGACCUUCCGGUCGUCGGAGACCAGCGCCUUCAGCCGCCCGAGCAGUCGCGCCAGCCUGCGGGAGCGCCCCAAACCGCCGUCCCGCUCGUCGUCGCUACAGAAGAUCAGCUCCGGGUACAGCAGUCCUGCCAACUCUGACUCCUCGCUAAAAGAAACCAGCCACCCGUCGCCGACCAUGGCGCUGGACAGCCUGGCGCAGUUCAAGCUCAAGUACCCCAGCUCCCCAUACAGCCCCCACAUCUCCUCCCGCUCGCCCCUCAACAUUUCCCCUAGCUCGGGCCACCAGUCGCCGUCCGGGAGCGCCCCGUCGCCGGCCCUCUCCUACUCCUCCACUGGGUCCACGUCCAGCCACGUGGAUGCGCCUGACCUGGACCGCCUGCGGAGGACGGUGCUCGACGACAAGGUCCAGGCGGUCCACAACCUGAAGACCUUUUGGGCCAACGCGGCCGCACAGCCACCACACCACUCGGGUCCCAUGCGGGCGGUAAGGGGAAUACCCGGCACGGGCAGCGGCACGGCGGGCAGGAAAGACGUGCUAGGUCUGCUGAACCUCUCGCCACGGCGGUGCUCACCAGGUGAUGGGCAGGACAGUGUUGAGCUCUCCAAGCUCGGGAGCAUGGGGACUCUGGUGGAUAGAAGCAUUGCAGGUGGUAGGCCUGCCAAUGGGCAUAACGGCACUGACCCCCACAAAACUGCCCCCUCGCCCUCACCCUCACCCUCACCCUCGCCCAUAUCCACCCGCAGUAGCCCCGGGGGCCGCCAGAUCAGGCUGCCCUCCAGCAACGGGUACAAGUUCCUGUCCCCCGGCAGGUUCUUCCCAUCCUCCAAAUGUUGAGACAGUUUUGUCACUUUUGACAUGAUGUGAUAGUUGUAUGCCACUCAUUUUGUUGUGACGGUUUAUUAAUGAAAUGAAAGGAUGGAGAAAUCAGAGAGGAGGACUUGAGGAUUUAAAAACAGGAGGCCUUAUGCUGGCCCCCCAAAAAUGACUUGAUUUGCCACAGAUGAUGUAGUAGAGGAGGAAACAGAAUGCAGCCAAUGAGUGGGAAGAUCUCCAGAAUGCAGCCAAUGAGAGAGCAGAUCUCCAGACUGAUUAUUUGCCAAGGCAGUGUUGUCCUCGUGCCCUCAGUAACCACUGUAAAGAAGAAUAAAAAAUCAAACAUAAACAAAACCAGAAGACCCAAUACUGUGCGUGCAGGAACAUUUACUGUUUUUUGUGGGCCAAAAUCAUGACAGCUCAGACUGGUCUAAUUUCCUUUAUUUUUAUUUUAAUAUAUAAUUAUUAUUGUUAUUAUUAUUGUUGAUGUUGUUUGUUAUUGUUAUUAUUAUUAAUAUUAUAAUUAUUUUGUUUUGUAAAUUAAACCAAGUGUUUCACAAUCAGUAUUAUACAUUUUGAUAUUAUUAAACAGACAAAACAAAACAAAACAAAACAAAAAAAAGAGAACUGCACCAUAUGGUUAUGGUUGAGAUGGUUGAAAAAAAAAAGAUUUCAUAUUUUUUAAUUGAAAUGAAAACAUUUGGGCAUUUGGGCCUGAUCUCUUUGUGAAUUGAAUGUCUACUCCACUCCACAGCAUGGAUCUUCUUGCUCUACUCUUCAAUGUUAAAUAAGUACCAUGUAUGGGUUGUUUUUAGCUCACCGCCUUUUUUGAACAAAAAAAGAGAGAGAGAAAGCAGACAUGGAAAAAACAAGACAUACCUUUGUCCUUUACCAGUAAAAUGUUUCAAUUAAAAAGG